AUGGCCCCUAUCGAACUCAAGGAAGAUACGCCUGCUUGCGAUCAUGUUGAGAAAGGCGAAAGCCUUGGGCCAGUAGCCAGCAAUAUUGGCCAUACUGGCACAGGGAAAAAAGCCAGUCCAGCAGAGAUCAAGCUUGUGAGGCGCCUAGAUUGGACCAUUCUCCCUGUGCUUUGGGUCAUGUAUUGGUUCAACUACCUCGACCGGAAUGCUAUCACUGUCGCUAGGUUAGACGGAAUGGAAGAAGAGCUCAACAUGACGUCGACGGAGUACCAGACCUGUGUCUCCAUUCUUUUCGUGGGGUACAUCUUAGGGCAGAUUCCAAGCAAUAUGCUCAUAACAAGGGUCCGUCCUUCCUGGUUUAUGGGAGGAGCGAUGGCUCUAUGGGCCAUCGUUAGCACCCUCACAGCAGUGACCAAGGACUACAAGGGUCUUCUUCUCACACGCUUCUUCUUGGGGAUUACGGAAGCCCCCUUCUACCCAGGAGCUUUGUACAUCCUCGCCAUGUUCUACGAUCGACAGGAAAUCGCCACUCGAAUUUCUAUUUUGUUUAGUGCUAAUAUUUGCGGCACGGCUUUUGCGGGUCUCAUCGCCAUUGGAGUCUUCCAAAUGGAACAACUAGCCGGCCUGUCUGGCUGGAGAUGGUUAUUUAUCAUCCAAGGAGUCAUUACAUUCGUCAUUUCUAUUGCCUCCAUAUUCAUUCUACCGAACGAGCCCCUUAACACGCGAUGGUUGUCUGAAGAUGACCAAAGACUUGCGCAUGCCCGGGUAGCGAGAGACACCGUCGAACUUGAAGAUAACACGAGCACUUGGGUCGGCCUGCUCCAAGCGACACGCGACCCGCGUCUUUGGGUUCUUGUCUGUUGUCAACACUGCCACAUGGCUGCAAGCAACUUCAAAAACUUCUUCCCCACGAUAGUUGAAACUCUGGGCUUCGAUAGGAACGUCACUCUCGCUCUUACUUGUCCACCUUAUCUAAUCUCUGGUGUUAUAUCUGUGAUUUGGGCUGCUAGUUCUGGUGAGCUUCUUGCGUACUCUUUCUUCGGUUUUAUUUGGUUAACAAUGAAUUAA